GAAACUAGCGUGUUUUAUGUUCAUCUUUUUUAAUGCUACAAAUAUCAGAGGAUUCGGAGGUAUUCAGAAACCAUUUCGAUCGAUCUCCAUCUUCAACAAUCUGGCCGGAAAUUAGCUAGCACGCAGAUCAGAUAUGGGUUCAAGUUCAUCUAAAAUCACUCACGAUUUCUUCCCCUUUGUUCGCAUUUACGAGGACGGCAGCGUCAAGAGGAUGCUGAAUCAUAAGCCGGUCCCGCCGACGGACAACCCGACAACCGGCGUCCGAUCAAAAGACGUCGUCAUCGUACCGGAAACCAACGUCUGGGCACGCCUGUACCUUCCCAGAACCACCGGCGACGACGACGGCCGGAAAUUUCCCCUGCUGAUUUUCAUCCACGGCGGCGCUUUCUGCCUCGGCUCAGCAUCCGACGACAACUACGAUAACUUCCUCCACUCUCUAACGGCGGAAGCCAACACCGUGACACUUUCCAUCGAGUACAGGCUGGCCCCGGAGCACAAGCUCCCGGCCUGCUACGAUGAUUCCUGGUCGGCCAUCGAAUGGGCAUGGACACAGAUGCACGCCAAGGAUGACGGCGGACAAUCCGGAGCCGAACCGUGGCUGAAAAACCACGCGGAUUUCUCCCGCGUUUUCUUCGCCGGCGACAGCGCCGGCGCCACCAUUGCACACAGCAUGAUGGUGAGAGCAAGCGACGAAUUCAAUCUGAAAAUCUCCCCGAAGCCUGUGGGGAUGAUACUGCUGCAUCCAUUUUUCGGGAAUCACGAGAAGAACAAAUUCUGGGAAUUCCUUUGCCCCGACACGACCGGUCCAGAGGACCCAUUGUUUAAUCCGGCAGCUCAUCCUGGUUUGCUGUCGAAGCUCGUGUGUUCCAAGGUUCUGGUCUGUAUAGCGGAGUGGGAUUUGAUCAGAGAGAGCGGGAACACAUACUAUGAGGCACUCAAGAACAGUGAGUGGAGAGGAGAAUUGGAGCUCGAGUAUUCUAAGAAAAGGACUCAUGUCUUCUUUCUGGGGAAAAGAAACUGUGACCAAGCUCGUUCCUUGAUGAAAAAGAUUGUUUCUUUCAUCAAUAAUCAACCUUAAUCUUCACUAUUUUGAUCAUAUUGUGGGCCCUUUAAUUUGUUUUAAGAGAUGGGAAUAUUAUAUAUUAUAUAAUACUUUUAAAUUAAAAUGUAAAAGUACUAUUAUACUUUUCGAUCUAACUAUAUAAAAGUAUUAUUACUCUUUUUUAUAUAAGUAAUAAAUAUUUUAUUUUUUAUCAAUAUUUUUAUUUUGACAUGAUUCGUUUCACAGAUUCUCACACUAUCACACAAAUUUUUGCCAAUUUCCAUAUCCUUCUAGAUCCACUCUGCUCCAUGACACAUUUCCAAAGUCCAAACAGACAACAUUAUAAUAUGCAUGCACCGGCCACCAUCUUCCUAGUAAAGACUUAAUGUGCAUUAAACCGCCUUUGUGGUUUUGGAUUAUGUAUGAUAUGAUGUUUUUCUCCAUUGAUUGCAAUGUUGCCAGAUUCUUUUUUCUUCUCA